CAGUUGCAACCAAUCCCGCCGUCCGUUUCUCAAUCUCGGUAUUUCUUGCUUAUGACGAAGAAUAGAUUCGAGCAGGUUCGAGAAUUAACCAUAAGGUUAGGUUAAGGGCAUCAUUAUUUUGAAAAAAAUAGAAUCAAGAGUUCAGCUGCAGAGAACAAACUUGAUAUUUGAUUGUGGAAAUUCUGGAAGCUGGUGGAACGCUCAAGAACUUUGACGAAACUUCGGGAGAAAUUUGUGAAAGAAAGCCAUUUCUCGCAUACAUAUAUAUUUUAUAUUAAAGUGUUCUUCCAAGACUCAGUAAGAUAAACUAAUUGCGAGAUAGAAAUGUCACAGGAAACAAAUUUGUUGCUUUGUUAUCAUCGCGGUUGUGGAAAGAAAUUCAAUCCAAACGAUAAUAAGGACGAUGAUUGUGUUCAUCAUAGUGGAUAUCCAGUAUUUCACGAUGCUUAUAAGGGAUGGUCUUGCUGCAACAAAAAAUGUACAGAUUUUACAGAGUUUUUGAAUAUUAAGGGUUGCACAAAAUCAAAGCACUCGAAUGAGAAACCAUUGGAACCAGAAAAACCAUCUAUCGAUAAAAGCAAGAUUGAUGAAGUGAUAGAAGUUAUUUCUAAGCCUGUGCACAAUGGAAUAUCUUUAAAAAGACCUGCUUUUGACACUGCUCAACUCAUACUAUCGCCGACAAUAUCUCCCGCUUUGUUAGAACAAAUUAAAGGAUUGACAGCUACAGAGGCUGACAAACCAAUAGAGGGCAAAAUACAAAUAGGACAAAAUUGUAAAAACAAUUCAUGUAAAGGAUCUUACAUGGGAAUUGCUUCCGAUGAAGAGACUUGUCAUUAUCAUCCAGGAGUACCUAUAUUUCACGAAGGAUUAAAGUAUUGGUCCUGCUGUCAAAAGAAGACAACAGAAUUUUCUGCAUUUUUGGAGCAACCAGGUUGCACACAAGGCAAACAUGUAUGGUUUUCUAAGAAUACAGGAAAAAAGGUUCAAUGUAGGAUGGACUGGCAUCAAACUGGAUCAUAUGUAGUUGUUUCUAUUUAUGCGAAAAAAUAUCUGCCUAAUCAAUCUGCCAUAAAAUUAAAUCCUAUUCGUCUGACUGUGGAUUUAUUCUUUAUAGAAGAAAACUCAACAUAUAAUCUUGAUAUAGAAUUGAGAGGAAUUGUGGAUGUCGAGCAAAGUAGUGUAAAUAUGCUGCCAACCAAAGUAGAAAUCAAAUUAAAAAAAGCUGAACCUGGUUCAUGGUCGAAAUUGGAUAUUCCUAGAGAAGUAAAGCCGGAAAUUUCUGAAAGCAAAGAAAAUGUCGCCACUCUUAAUUCACAGAUUGAAGCUGUGGAUCUUAGUGACUUAUAAAUGACUGCAAUUUGAAAUUGCUAAAAAAUUUGAUAGUAUGAUUGUUAUAAUUUGCUUUUCUAGAAUGAUUUGUUUAAGUUUAAAUGAAACAUUUUUAUGUAAAAAACUUUGUGUUGAUCAUUUUUGUAGAAAUAAUUCAUAAUGAAAUGAUUAUGAAAAUAUAUUUAUUAUUUUUGAAUGGAAAAAUUCAAGUCAAACAUGGAGUUGUAAAUUUAUAGAUUUUUUAAAUUAUUUUUUUUCCAGUUUUCUUUAUUAAAAUUAAUAUUAAUAAAUAAUUUUUGAUUAA